CGAAAUACGGAUUUAAAAUUUUGUGGUUUAGGGCAUGAAUGCUUUGCUUUGGUUACAAAGUAAACAGAUCUACCUCUGGCUCGCAACUUCAAUCCAAAUAAUUCACAACAACGCGUCGACAACUUGGUACAAGUUUUCCCGCCAGGCAAAUCAUUUGAUGAUCGAGCAGAAUAUUUGUGCGAGGAAUUGACUUUGUGAAUGCGCGCAGAGAACCACUUUGGUUUGACUUCAGAAUUGUUCUACACAUAACCGUUUCAAAGAUUGCCAGAUGAUAUUAGAAUGACUGAAUCCAAGGAAAAUGAUAUUAUCUUGCCCCAGGCUGAGGGCGAUACAGCUUCAAGCUUUACACAGGGGAAUGUCUACGAGACCUCGGAAAAAUCGAAAAUUAUCGCUACGUCGAAAAAUAAACAAUCCAAGCCUGUGAUUAAUAAUCAAAAACGAGUCGAAGAAAAACUGCAACAAGAAAACAUUCAACACGGAGAAUAUGAUAAUGGUAUAGAAAAGAAGCAAGGGGCAAGUGGAAGUACAAAUGUCUGCAGCGAAGGAAAACAGGAAUUUUGGGAGGAGAUAAGAAAGCAAGUUGAAUGUGGUGAAAACAAAGAAGAUCGUUGGAAGAAGACAAUUCUUUGGCGUGCUUUUCAGUUUAGUCCAGUAGAUCAAGAAAUUGUCAAAUAUUUAGUUCACAAUGGAGCAGACAUUUAUUCCAAGAACGAGGAUGAUGAAACAGUUCUGGGGAUUGCGACGAGAAAUGGUUUAUUUGAUCUUGUUAAGUAUUUUGUUCAAUGUGGCUCUGAACAUAAUUUUCAAGACGAUUGCAAAGUUCUUCAGAGUGCAAUACAGUCUCGAUCUUUAGAAAUUGUGAAAUAUUUCGUUAAAGAUUGUGGUGCUGACUUAAGUUGUAAAGAUAAGACAGGUAAAAAUGCUCUGCAUCAUGCUGUUGAUGUUGGUGUAACAGACAUUGUCAAAUAUUUCGUUGAACAAUGUGGUGCUGAUGUAAAUGACAAGGAUACUAAUGGCUGGACAGUGCUGCACUCCGUUGUUACUGAAGGCAGGCUAGAAAUGGUAAAAUAUCUUGUUGAAAAAGGCGCUGACAUAAAUGGCAAUGACACUGACGGAUGGACAGUGCUGCACUCUGCCGUUACUAAAGGUAAGCUAGAAAUAGUAAAAUAUCUUGUUGAAAAAGGUGCUGAUGUAAAUGGCAAGAAGAAGAACGAGUGGACAGUGCUGCACAGUGCAGUUAAUGAAGAUAGGCUAGAAAUGGUAAAAUAUCUUGUUGAAAAAGGCGCUAAUGUAAAUGGUAAGAAAAAUAACGGAUGGACAGUGCUGCACUCUGCUGUUGCUGAAGGUACCCUAAAAACAGUAAAAUAUCUUGUUGAAAAAGGUGCUGAUGUAAAUGGCAAGAAGAAGAACGGGUGGACAGUGCUGCACAGUGCAGUUACUGAAGAUAGGCUAGAAAUGGUGAAAUAUCUCAUUGAAAAUGGCGCCGAUGUAAAUGGCAGGGAAACAAACGAAAGGACACUACUGGACUUUGCUGUUCAUAAAGGUACGCUAGAAAUAAUAAAAUAUUUUGUUGAAUGUGGCGCUGUUGUAAACAACAGGAAUACCAACGGUUGGACAGUGUUGCACAGUGCUGUUACUGAAGGUACGCAAGAAAUAGUAAAAUAUCUUGUUGAAAAAGGCGCUGAUGUAAAUGGAAAGGGUACAGACGGCUGGACAGUGCUGCACUAUGCUGUUGCUGAAGGUACGCUAGAAAUGGUAGAAUAUCUUGUUGAAAAGGGCGCUGAUGUAAAUAGCAGGGAGCAUAGCGGAUGGACUACGUUGCAGUCUGCUGUUGCUGAAGGUACCCUGGAAAUAGUAAAAUAUCUUGUUGAAAAAGGCGCUGAUGUAAAUGGCAAGGAGAGGAACGGGUGGACAGUGUUGCACAGUGCUGUUACUGAAGGUACGCAAGAAAUAGUAAAAUAUCUUGUUGAAUGUGGUGCUGAUGUAAACAAUAGGAAUACCAACGGUUGGACAGUGUUGCACAGUGCUGUUACUGAAGGUACGCAAGAAAUAGUAAAAUAUCUUGUUGAAUGUGGCGCUGAUGUAAACAAUAGGAAUACCAACGGUUGGACAGUGUUGCACAGUGCUGUUACUGAAGGUACGCAAGAAAUAGUAAAAUAUCUUGUUGAAUGUGGCGCUGAUGUAAAUGGAAAAAAUACUGACGGGUUGACAGUGCUGCGCGUUGCUAUUACUGAAGGUACGCUAGAAAUAGUGAAAAAUCUCGUUGAAAAGGGCGCUGAUGUAAAUGACAGGGAUACUGACGGGUGGACACUGGAAAUUGUAAAAUAUCUUGUUGAAAACGGCGCUGAUGUAAAUGGCAAAAACAAUGACGGGCGUGCAGUGCUGCACGCUGCUUUUACUGAAAGUACGCUAGAAACGGUAAAAUAUCUUGUUGAACAUGGCGCUGAUGUAAAUAGCAAGGAUAACAACGGGCGUACAGUGCUGCAUUAUGCUUUUACUGAAGAUACGCUUGAAAUUGUAAAAUAUCUUGUGGAGAUGGGCGCUGAUGUAAAUAGCAACAGUGCUGAUGGAUGGUCAGUGUUGCACGUUGCGGUCGAUACUGGUGCAUUAGAAAUUGUCAAGUAUUUAGUUGAACAGGGUGCUGACGUAUUAACUCUUAAAAGUAAAAUUGGCGUUCAUACUCUUGGCAUUGACAUCUUAAAGAUGGCUGUUGAAAGAAAUUCAGUUUUUUUGGUCGAUCUUCUUUUGGAGAAGAACGUCGCUGGGUGGAGAGCUGAAACAUUUCUUGUUGAAGGCAGGCAACUGAGUCUUCUUGAAUGGAGUAUCCGCCGUGGUCGUGAUGAAAUUACAACUAUCCUUAAAAGGUCCGUGAAGCAUCGUGAAAAGAUAAAAUUUUUGAAAACAAGGAAUUUUAACGAGUUUGAUAAGUUUGAAACACCGAUGCAGGCUUUUGUCGCAAAGGAUCAAUUCAAAAUUGGUGAUGGUGGUUUUUCUUGUGUCUAUGUUGGUCUCAUGAAGGAUGGAAGUGAAGUUGCUGUUAAGAGAGUUUUGGUACAAAGUGAGGAUGACACAGUUGAAAAUGAAAAGGAAAUUAUGGAUCUCAUUGAAACACAUAACUCUCCAUUUAUAGUGAAAUAUCGACAUUUUCACCGUGACGAUACCUUCAUGUAUCUUAUUGUUGAUCUUUGCGAAAAAAACUUGAGGGAACUAGUUGAUGCAUGCAGUAUUGCACGUCUACAAGAGCAAGGUCCACGAAUGAUUAGGGAAAUUUUAUCAGGACUAAAAUUUCUUCAUGGUAAAGGAAUAUUGCACAGAGAUCUAAAACCAUCAAACGUCCUGGUUGAUAUCGAAGGUCGCAUGAAAUUAGCAGAUUUUGGGAUAAGCCGUGUUCUGAAUGAAGAUGAAACGACAGUUGAAACAGAUACUAAAGGUACUGCUGGAUGGAUGCCACCGGAAGUAAUUGAAGCCAUAAAGAAAAACGAAAAAAGUCGUUUCAAAAGAAAAUCAGAUGUCCACGUCGCGGGUAUGAUUGCUUUCUACGUGUUAACCAAAGGUGAACAUCCUUUUGGAUCUAAGUUAGAUCGAAUGAAAAAUAUUUUGGAGAAAAACUCUGUCAAUUUGAAGAAACUUGGUGAUCGUAAAGCUCGAAAGUUUGUGUCGUGGCUGAUUAGUCACAAGAUUGAUAGGAGACCUUAUGCGGACGAAGCACUGAGAAAUUUUUUCGUUAAUGGAGAUUGCACGAUACAGUCAAAAUCCAAAACUUUUCUAAGGAGAUAAAACCAACGUUCGCGAUCUUGUGAAGUAAAAGAAUGAUCUGGAUUUGGACACUUUAUAAAUCCUGAAUAUCACAACAUGUAUUGUAUUCUUUCGUUGUUGGACUGUUUAUUACUUGUAACACACGCAUUUUAGCAAUUUUAGCACGUGCGCUGCAUUUUGUACAUUUCGUCCACCUUGUACAAGAGCGGGAUCAUUCAUCUAGACAAACCUGUGUUUGUUUUUCUGAUAAUCUUUGUUUAUUUAUGCAUGUUUGCUGGGGAACUGCUCGUCUGAAUAAACUGAUUCUACUUUGCGGCAAACGUUUGCCCAGUCGCAGAGUCAAGCUCUUGUGGAAACCUGGUCAUUUUGCCCUUUUUAAUCGGUUACAAGUGUAUAUAUAUAUAUAGUUAGUUCAUCCUGGUGCCCAAGUCUUUUUGUGUGCUAGGUGCGGCGUUAUUACGGGGAAGAAUUUGGUACGGAGAUCAACUAUCCACGAUGCACUCUACGUUCCUACGCCCAAAUGAUAGCCGGCUUCGGUUGAGGGAUUGCAUGCGAUGUCUUUUGUCUGUGUUUCAUGUAUAAGCAUAGGAAUAUCAUAAAGAUUGUGUGUUGGCCGUCAUGCUUUGCGUGCGGUUAAAUCAACUCCACACUCCACUCCGGAAAAUCUGAAUUUCUGUUUUGAAUCCAUGUAGAAUUUUUACCAUCUUUACUUUUAGGUAUAUUUCAAUGUUAAUUUACCCUUCUACUGCAAAUGCAAGACAGAAAUAUUCUUUGUGACCAUGGUUGCCAGUGAAUCACAUUUCAAUGAAAGAUGUUAAUGAUAAUAAUUAUGCGUUGUUGAUAAUUAUUGUUUAGUGAUAAUCUGUCGAAUUAGUCGCGGACUUACCUUGAAAAAUAUAAACUUUUUUUGACAGUUGAGAGU